AUGUCCUCAUACAUCGCGCCGUUCGAGCCCGGAGAGGCCGUGGCCCCGUGCUGCAGCACAACCACGCUGCUCAGCGCGUUGGCGGCAUCCGUCGCCUGCUGCUUCUUCCUCGUCGUCAUCUUCCUCUGCCUGCGCUUCCUCCACCUUCGCCGCACCAGGACGCGGCACCACGGCGCACAGCCCCUGCAAGGGCAGGGCCAGGCCCAGCAGCCCAAGCACGGCCUCGACGCCGCCACCAUCGCGCUCUUCCCGUCUUUCCCGUACCGGCGGGACCGCUCGGCGUCGGCGCCGGACGAGUGCGCCGUGUGCCUCAGGGUCGUCGACGAGGGGGAGACGGUGAGGCAGCUCCCGAGCUGCAAGCACCUGUUCCAUCAGGAGUGCGUCGACGUGUGGCUCCUGUCCAACGCGUCGUGCCCGGUCUGCCGUGGGAAGGUCGAGCGGGCCGCGGGCGCCGAUCAGCGCGAGAGAGCCGCGGCAUCAGCGGCCGUCGUGCCAAUCGAGAUGAUGGACGAUGAAACGCUGUCUCCAUCGCCGUCGACGUCGUUAGAGCCGUCCGCGCCGGAGCGGCCGGGCUGGUUUGGCGGGCGAGCCUCCGGCUCCCGCUCCGGCCAGGAAACGGACUUGGAGCGGCAAUAG